CUGUAUCUCCACCGAACGCCAAGGUUCAGGAGGAGAAGAUGAACGCCAACAGAUUCAUCCUAGGUUUGAGCAUGACCGUGGCCAAGGACGCUGGCGAUGGGGUGUACCCGAAGUCGUCAGUCCUCGAGCUUGACCUUUUAGGCAAGCUCGGAGCGAUCAAGGCCGAGCCCGCUUCGCCAGAACCCGCGCCGAGAGUGUUCUCGUGCAACUACUGCUCUAGGACGUUCUCCAGCCCUCCGGCUCUCCUUGGCCAUCAGAAUGCUCACAGGCGCGAGCCGAGAGUGUUCUCGUGCAACUACUGCUCUAGGACGUUCUCCAGCCCUCAGGCUCUCGGUGGGCAUCAGAAUGCUCACAGGCGCGAGCGAAAUCUGGCCAUGCGAGGUGUCGCCACGGAAUUUCUGCAAUACGAUGGCCGGAGGCUCGACGUACCAGUGCGCUCCGUGACCCACAUGUCGUACCUCAGUGCUCCGGCCGCGUCCGCCGCUGCAGGUGGGCUGUUGUACAGGCGCCACAACGGAUAUUUGCAGUUCGACGCUGCAGCGUGGAGAGAAGUGCCGACACUUCCGGCGCCGGCUGUUAAGCUCGAAGUGGAGUCGAUCGGGAGGCAAUGGAUAGGAGGGGAAGGCGGAGGAUCAUAUUCGAACGCGAAGCAGGAGACUCGUCCAACUUUAUUGACUUGA